AUGGAUAAUCGAGCGGUCUCGAGCGAUUCUCGACGGGUGGAUGAGGAAUCUGGCAACCAUGCCAUUGAUGAAAAAGCUCACGAUACUCAUAUCGAGAAUAGUAAGGGUCGAGAUGGAGAAGCCAUUUGCGGAUUGAGCUCUGCCGAACAAAAGAAAGUCAUUCGACGAAUCGAUCUUCGACUUCUCCCGAUUUUAGGAAUCAUGUACUCGAUUUCACUCAUCGACCGAACAAAUCUUGGCUUGGCCCUAGUUGCGGGAAUGCAAGAAGACUUGGGCUUAACGGUUGAAAAUCGAUACACAGUCAUUGUCAUGGUGUUUUUCGUCGCAUAUAUACUCUUUGAAAUUCCUAGCAACCUCAUCCUUCCAAAAGCCGGGCCCGCCAACUGGCUUUCCUUCCUUGGAGUGGGAUUUGGAGCCGUACUCGUUGGCAUGGGAUUCACAAAAAGCUGGGGUACGAUGGCUCUGUGUCGCGCACUUCUUGGAAUACUAGAAGCGGGCUUUUUACCAGGUUGCACCUAUCUUAUCACCUGUUGGUACACUCGUUUCGAGGUCGGCAAACGACUUUCAGGUUUCUGGAUUCUUUCCGUACUCGCUAGCGGUUUCUCUGCUAUCUUUGCCUAUGUGUUGACUCUCCUUCGCGGAAAAGGCGGUCUUAAUGGCUGGAGCUGGAUUUUUAUUAUCGAAGGAGCAAUCACAAUAGUGAUCUGUGCACUUGGAUGGUUCAUCAUAAUCGAUUUUCCUACACAGGCUGGGAAGUUUCUCAAGCCAGCCGAACAGGAAUUCGUCAUCGCAAGAAUCAACCAGGAUCGCGGUGACGCCGAGGAGGACAAGAUCAACGUCAGCAAGAUUUUGCAUCACCUUAAAGAUUGGCGACUAUAUUUUUGGGCAUUCAACUUGAUGGCUUCAACACUGCCAGGCUAUGCAUACUCGUAUUUCUUGCCAGUUAUUCUCCGCAAUGGCAUGGGCUUCAGCAGCACCCAGGCACAGCUGCUGUCUGCACCUCCGUAUGUUCUGGCAGCUAUUAUGGCGUUUGUGUCUGGGUGGCUGGGUGAUCGAUACAAGGUUCGUGGUCCAAUCAUUGCAGUCCAUCAAGCAUUGACAGCAGUUGGGAUGUUAAUCACAGUUUACGGAAAAGCAAACGGGGCUCGAUAUUUCGGAGCGUUCCUUGGUAUUGGGUUUCUACAAUUCUGUGUUCCUGGGGUUCUCACGUUCCAAGCCAACAAUAUUACCUCGCAUUCGAAGCGUGCGGUUGCGUCGGCAACUUGUCUAAUCGGAGGUGGUGUCGGCGGUAUCAUCGCAAGCACAGCCUUUAUGGCGAAGGAGAGUCCUCAUUAUACUACCGGAAUUUGGGUUACUUUCGCCAUGUCUAUGAUGAGCAUUGUCAUGAUCAUAAUCAUGGAUAUUCAUCUUUGGCGCUGUAACAAGGCUGCAAAGGCGGGAAAUCGUCGAAACGAAGGCAUUCAAGAUUGGAUGUAUACUCUGUAA